AUGUCGGAGAGCCCUACGCCACGCGAGCAGGACGCAGCGGAGGACGACGCGGACAAGGGGGAAGACCAGGACACAGGAUUUCAGGCGCUCACGACGUUUACGUUUCAAGCACCUGGGGAGUUCCUGCCCGCCACGACCAGGUCCGUCCCACUCCAAGAUUCAGCCGCCUUGGAAGCGGCGAGCAUGCGUUCCAUGUCGUUCAUCGAGCGGUUCGGGACGAUACGGGAGCGCGUUUCGACCAUGGCCGCCUCGGACCCUGGGUUCAUGGACAGGCAGGUGGCUCUCGGCCUCGUCGACAGCGUUCGCGACACCUGGCCGCGUGUGCUGCAAACCCGCAUCGACACCCAUCUCCUCUAUCCCGGUCUGGGCCGCGAGCGCACCUUUUACCGGCUGUGUUUCGACUUUCUCGUGCUGGUGCGCGUGUUGAAUGGCCUGUUACAGCGAAGCAGGCUCGGCGACCUCGUUCUGAACCUGCACGGGUUUCGCAUGCCGGACCACACGCCCACACUGGCAUUUGUGCUUGUUGGGCGCCAGUGA